AACAUGUCUUUUUUUAUCUAGGUUUUGCAUAAUAAAUACAGACAGACGCAAAUGGUACUAGUAAUAAAUAAUAGUAAUAGUCAUGCUAACUAGUAUCAUAGGAAUACUAUUUUUUUUUACUAAGCAUAUAUGAAUACUAAUUAAAAAAUAAAAAAAACAAGUCAAUUUUAUAUUUCAAAUAAUAAUUUUUAUAGUUUUUUAAAAAUUAAGAUUAUUUUACUAUCAUUAAUUAAUUUAUUGUUAAGUUACUAAAACACUAGUUAGAGUUUUGUUAUUAGUAAUAAAUAAAUAAAAAAAGUAUAAUGUAGAGAGAGAUUUGGUAUGCAGCAGCAUUACAUUACUUUCCCAUAGAGUGCAGUCAGGAAUUUAGUGACUGCAGUGCAGUCGGCUACGUCCAGUCCGUCUGAUCAAGAUCAUACAGUCUAAAGUUUAAGAUCAAUUUUAUAAUUAAAAUCUGAUCUUAAAAUCUGAGUCAUCUGAUCUUAAUCGGACAGUCCAUAUUUGAUUUAAUGACUACAGUGCAGUCAACUACAGAAUCCAAAUCCCAUGGCUUGCCCUUUACAAAAAUCCAAACCAUCCGUCGUCGUCCUUUUCAAUCUCUCUCUCUCUCAAUUUUGCAGAGCAUAGGCAGAUACAUACAUCGUAUUCACGUGGCUAUGCUUGACCCAAUCCACCAACCAACAAAGUGUUUUCUCACUCUGAGAAUGAAUGACUAAUAAUACCCAUAUUAUCAUCCCUUCCAUACCAUACCAUAUACUACUGUAGUACUCCAUCAUCGAUCUAUCUAUCUAUCUAUCUAUCUAUCUCACAACUCACAACCUGCCACAACAAUCAAUCAAUCAAUAACCCUUAACUCAUUAAAUUAAAUCUUCCCAUCAUCAUCAUCAUCAUCUUACCAGCGCAGCUAUGGUUGGAAACAACCUAGCUACCUCCGUGACCCAACUGCCGGAGGAGAUUCUAUCCAAAGUCUUCGCCGGAAUCACUCACACACGAACUCGAAACUCACUCUCACUUGUAUGUCAGAGUUUCUACCGAUUAGAGAGGAAAACGCGAACUUCCCUCACGCUCCGAGGAAACGCGCGUGACCUUUACAGAAUUCCAACUUCCUUCACACACGUUACCAAUCUCGAUGUUUCGCUACUCUCACCGUGGGGUCACGCGCUCUUCUGUUCACCCAUCACCGCUGAUUCACCGCUUCUAGCCCAACGUCUCCGAAAUGCUUUCCCGCGCGUCACUUCACUCACUCUCUACGUGCGUCACCCUCAAACACUCCAAUUACUCCUCUUCAACCACUGGCCGGACCUCCGUCAACUUCGUCUCGUCCGAUGGCACCAGCGUCCUCAGGGGUUACAACCGGGCUCCGAUUUCGCCGCCUUAUUCUCGCGAUGCCGAUCCCUCACUUCGCUCGAUCUCUCAUCGUUUUACCACUGGCCAGAGGAUCUCCCACCGGUUCUGUCAGCGAACACCGCCGCCACCGCUUCGCUCCGUCGUUUGAACCUCCUUACGACAUCCUUCACCGAAGGAUUCAAGUCUAACCAAAUUGAAUCCAUCACCUCAUCUUGCCCUAACCUGGAGCACUUUCUCGUCGCUUGCAAUUUCGAUCCUAGAUACAUCGGAUUCGUAGGUGAUGAAACUUUGUUGGCUAUUGCUUCCAAUUGCCCCAAGCUCAAACUCCUUCACAUGGCUGAUACCUCCUCCUUUACGAAUCCUAGAGGAGAUGAGGAGGCUGGAGAGGAUGCUAGGUUAAACCGCGGCACCCUUGAAGCGUUGUUCUCUGGGCUUCCACUUUUGGAAGAGUUGGUUCUAGAUGUUUGUAAAAAUGUCACUGAGAGUAGUGUUUCUUUGGAGAUGUUAAGUUCCAAGUGUCCUAAUUUGAAGGUUGUGAAGUUGGGUCAGUUUCAAGGGAUUUGUUUGGCAAUUGGGUCACGGCUUGACGGAAUCGCCCUUUGCCAUGGGCUUCGAUCCUUGUCUGUUAACAACUGUGGUGACCUUGAUGACAUGGGGUUGAUUGAGAUUGGCAGAGGAUGUUCCCGGUUGGUGAAGUUUGAGAUUCAGGGAUGCAAGCUUGUUACUGAAAAAGGGUUGAGGACCAUGGCUUGCUUGCUUCGAAGGACCUUGAUUGAUGUCAAGGUUGCUUCCUGUGUCAACCUUGACGCUGCAGCUACUCUCAGAGCUUUCGAGCCUAUUCAGGACCGGAUUGAGCGACUUCAUUUUGAUUGCGUGUGGAAGGAAAAUGACAACUUUGGACAUGGUUUUUGCAACUUUGAUCUGAAUGCUUUGGAUGGACUGAAUGGUUCUGAAUUAAUGGAUUCCUUUGGUCGUGACGAAUGUGGAGAAGAUACUAGCAAUAGGAAGAGGCAGAAAUGCGAGUAUGGAUCGGAGGCUGAUGAUUCAUUUUUGCAAAGCAAUGGCAACAGCAAUGGUUACUAUGGCAAUAGCUGGGACAAGCUGCAGUAUCUUUCUCUUUGGAUAAAGGUUGGUGAUCUUUUGACUCAAUUACCAUCAGCGGGGUUGGAAGAUUGCCCCAAUCUAGAGGAGAUCUGUAUAAAAGUGGAAGGAGAUUGCAGAGGGCAGCCAAAACCGGCAGUGAGCGAAUUUGGUCUGAGUAUUUUGGCCUGUUAUCCUCAGUUGUCAAAGAUGCAACUGGAUUGUGGUGAUACAAAAGGUUUUGUAUACACGGCACCUUCAGGACAAAUGGAUUUGAGCUUGUGGGAGAGGUUCUUCCUCAAUGGAAUUGGCAGUUUGAGUCUGAAUGAACUUCAUUAUUGGCCACCACAAGAUGAGGAUGUGAACCAGAGGUGUUUGUCACUUCCAGCUGCUGGCUUGCUACAAGAAUGUUAUACUCUGAGGAAACUUUUCAUUCAUGGGACUACUCAUGAACAUUUCAUGAACUUUUUCCUCAAAAUACCAAACCUAAGGGAUGUUCAGCUGAGAGAGGAUUACUAUCCAGCACCAGAGAAUGACAUGAGCACAGAGAUGAGGGUGGGAUCAUGUAGCCGCUUUGAAGACGCGUUGAAUAGGCGUCAAAUCUGUGACUGAUCAAUUGUAAUGUUUGCUUCAUCCCUGACCAUGGUUUUGCUAGGAUGCAACAACCGAGAGAAAAAAGAGAUAGUUCUUAAGGUUAUAGAGCGUUAUUUGUUAUUGCCAGUUGUUAACAUCACUAAGGCCUUGGUAGAUUAUUUGUCACUUUCCCACUUUUGGCACUGUAAAAUUGUGGGACUCGUGUAGGAUUUUUGAGUCUCAAGUGUAAUCAUUCUACCCUCGGCCUAUUUUGUUCUUUUCAUUGUUGUACAAAUGAUGAGCAGGAGAAAAUGCAUCAUCUCUCAUACAAACUUUCAUGAUCAAGGAAAAAGUCUAAUGUUUUAAGGA